GGGUACGUAAUACGCGUGUCAUUUAUUUACAAACAUGGAGGGAUGUUGUUUUCCCUCGAUGUUUGGAUCGUGGUAGCUACUUUGUCCUUGAAAAAUAUAAUCGAUUCGACUUAUGUCAAAAUUUUAAAUUAAUUAUAUUUCCUGAUCUUACAUCUUCCAAAAGAAAUCUAAGUAAGAAUAUGAGUUUGUGUAGCAGGUGUUAAUUGCAUAAAGGAGGAAAUGGAAUAUAUGAGAUGUACAGUAUUGAAGAAUAUAUGACAAAAAAUAUUUAAUUUGAAAUAUCUUAAGAAAGCAUAAAAUAAAAAAAAAUGGAGUUUGUAGAAGAUCAACAACUUCUGAUAGCACAAUUAAAAGAACUAGUACGUAAAAAUGAAACAGAACUUCAAGCAAAAAAUAAAGAAUUAGAGGAUUCACAUUCAAAAUAUCAGAAACUCAAAUUACAGUCAAAAGCUAAAAUAGCUCAAUUAACUAAUCAGUUAAAAGAAAGAAAUAAGAUUAGUUCUGUUGAGGAAACUUCAGCUGAAACAACAUCAGAUACCAUAGAAAAUAAUGAACAAAGUCAAAGAGGAAAAGUUAUAAUGUUAAAAAAACAAUUGGAAGAUGUAAAACAAGCAUUUGAUAAAACAGAAAAAGAAUUAAUAGCUGAUAAAACUACUUUGGAGAAUCAGUUAAGAAACCUUGAAGUUCAGUUAGAAGAUAAAGAGAAUAUUAUCAAAUCUUUGAAGAGUGAAUUAAAAUCUACUAAUUCUGAAGGAAAUUAUAAGCAGGAUACAUACAAUGUGCAAGAACUAUAUGCUCAAAUGGUAUACAAAGACUCCAAAAUUAUGGAAUUAAAUGAUUUGAUUUCGGAGAAAGAACGAACGAUAAUAGAUUUACAAGAACAUAUUAAAGAAAAGAAUGAAGUAUUGAAAACUCGUAAUCAAGCAAUACAGUUGAUGACUGAAGAUCUGAAUCGUAAAGGUAAAUCAGUGAUUGAUCAAUUAGAUGUUACCAGAGAUGAAAUGCGUUUAAUGCAGGAAAAUUUUAUUAGUAAAGAAAAUGAAUGGAAGGAAGAAAAUCAACAAUUGAAAAGCCAAAUUGAAUUACUUGAAGAUAAAUAUAAUAAAUUGUUACAGAAUAAAAAUGAUGAUGUAAAGACUUUAGAGGAAAGUGUGCAAAAACUAGAAAAAGUUAGAUUUGAACUUGCUACAAAAAAUGGAGAAUUGCAAGAAAAAUUAGUACGCAUGCAUGAUGAAUCAGUGAACUUAAAAAAAGAAAUUGAAUCUGAAAGAACAGAGAGAAAUGAACUCAAGAAAACUUUAAAGGACAUAGAAAACCAAACUGAUGAGAAAGUUCUUAAAGCUAGAGUGAAAGAAAGAAUUAAAUUUAAAGCAUUAGAAAGAGAAUUAGAAUCUGCAAAGAAAGAUAGUGAUUCAAAUCAAAUAGCAUCAUUGAAUUUAAGGAUAGCUGAAUUAGAAGAAGAAAAAGGUAGCUUACAGUUAAAACUCUUAGAAAUUGAAGAGAAUUCAUCUUUACAAAUGAAAGAAAAAUAUGAAGAAGAAUUACUUGAAGAGAAUAAAUAUUGGAAAAAUAUAUUAGAAGAGGAAAGAAAAGUAGCAUUAUCUGUUAAAGCUGAAAAAGAUAAAGCUGUUACUGAACUUGAAGAAAUUAAAAUUUUGCAAAGUUCAGAAAAAGUGGGUAUUGAGGAAUUAAGAGAAAAUUUAGCCACAUUUCAAAAAUGCUAUGAUGAAUUACUUCUAGAAAAUGCUUGUUUGCAUAAGAAUAUAGAUGAAAAGAUAUCAGAAUUAGAAAAUAAAUGUGUAGAAUUGGAAAAGUUUAAAGAAAUUAACUUAUCUCUUACUGAACAACAAGAAAUUGCUAGAAUGAAAUUAAUAGAAUUUGAAGAUAAAGAAAAUCAGUUAAUGUCUUUCAUUCAAAAAUAUUCCUGUAAAAAUAUAUCAGAUUUGCAAUCAAAAUGGGAAGAAAAUGUAAAUAAAUUAAAUGAAAUGAAAACAUUAAUUGAUAAAGAGAGCAAUCAGUCAGAACUUCAUUCUCUACAAAUGAAAGAAUUACAAGAAAAGGAGAAUUUACAUCAAAAGCAAAUAAAUGAUUUAAAUUUGGCAUUAGAAGAAACCAGUGCAGAAAAUAAACAUUUAAAGCAUUUGAUCUCUGAAAAAGACAAUUUAAUGGCAGACUUUGAAAAAAGAUUGCAUGAAAAAGAAAAUACCAUUUUAGAAUUAGAAGAAGCUAAAGAUUUAGCAGCUAAAUUAACAACAGAAUUAAAUAAAAUGAAAAUAGAUAUGGGUGAAGUUGUACAGAGAGAAAAUAAUGAAAAGUCAGAAUUAUUAAAAAAAUUAGAAUUUUCUGAAGAUAACAUUUUAAGAUUAAAAGAUCAGUUAAAUCAGUAUGAAAUCCUUAAUGCAAAUUUUCAGGAAGAACUCAAAUGCAAAAAUUUAGAAAAUGAAAACCAGAAAUUGUAUUUUGAUACUAAAUUGGGUGAGAAUGAAACUCUAAUCAACAGCUUAAAUAAAGAUAUAGAAGCAUUUAGAAACAAAUGGAUUAAUAUAAAUAAUCUAUUUCCAAAUAAUAAUGAUAAAUUAUCUAUAGAAGAAAACAUCACAAAACUGAUAACAGAAAAUAGCAAAUUUAACAGUGAUAUGCAAAAUUUAAAGCAGAAGUUAACAGAUUUAUAUUCAAAUAACAAAAUUUUAGAAGAGGAAUUAUCUGUUACAAAACAUGAAAAUCAGUCAUUGAAAGAGAUUUGUUCAAAUUCAGAAUCACACAUUCAAGAGCUGAAAACUCAAAUGGCAUUUUAUAAUGAAAAUAUAUCAAAAUAUGAGAAAGAACUAAUUAAAUUAAACCAAACAAAUGAAGAAUUGGUUAGUGAAAAUAAUAGUUUUACUGAAACAAACAAAGAUCUUGAAAAUAAAAAUAAUGAACUGUCUGACAAAUUAAAUGAUAUGAACAUGAGAUAUUCAGAAGCCAUUUUGUGUAAUGAAGAAGUAGAAAAAGAAAUAUUGAUAAAAGCUACUGAAUUAAAUAAUUCAAUAAGUAAAAUCGAAGAACUUGAAAAACAACUUCAUAUAUUAAAUGAUAAGAAUUUAGAGUGUGAGAAAGAAAUAACUUUAAAUAAAAAUGUCAUUGAUGAAUUAAAAUUCAAUUUAAAUGAAAAAGAACAGCUUUACGAGAAAUUGAAAGAUACUUUAAUACAGAAAGAAAAUGAAAUCUCUGAAUUUAACAAGUUAAAAGCAGCUUAUGAACAACAAACUGAUGAAUUACAGAGAAAUAAAGAAAAUCUUCAAGUUUUGCAGAAUGAAUUUCAUAACACAAGCAGUAAACUGUACGAAGCAGAGGAGAAAAUAAAAAUGACUGAAACAUCUCUCCAGUAUUUAGAAGAAGAAAAGUCAAAUUUAAUAAAACAAUUAGAAACAAAAGAUGAUGAUUUUAAAGAACUGAUUGAAAAAAUUGAAGUAAUGCAGCAGAAAAAUUUUAAUUUAGAAAAUAAUUUAAAAUUAGUGAUCGAGGAAACUGAACAAAAGAGUUCAAACAAGUUUAUUACUGAAUUACAGGACAUACAAAAUAAAUUAGAAACCUCUUAUACAUUAAAUAGAAAAUUAGAGAAUGAAUUAACAACAGUAAAUAAUUUAAAUAAAGAAUAUCAAUUCGAAUUAACAUCAUUGAAAAAAACAGUUACUGAUAAAAAUUCGGAGAUUGAGAAUUUGAAGAGUGCUAACAAAGAGAUAAGUGAAGAAAAUAACAAUUUACAAGACCAACUUCAACAAAAAUUAACAGAAAACACCACUUUAUUAGAGGAGAUAGAAUUGUAUAAAAAGAAUAAUAUGUCAUCAUUGGAGCAAAUUUCUGUUCUUGAGAAUAACGAAGCAAAACUCAGAGAAUCUUUUACUACAUUAGAAGGAGAAAAUCAAGCACUCUCUAAUUUAUUAAAAGAAAUGACUGAAAAAUCUGAAAAUUUGUCUUCGCAACUACUACAAUCAGUUUCUUGCACAAAUAUAUUACAACAAGAAUUAGAAGAGCUAAAAUAUAAUUUUGAUAAUUCAAAACAGUUGACAGAAGAAAAAAUUAUGAAAUCAGUGGAACAAAAUAAAUUACUCGAAGAAUUAAACAACAGUCUCGAAACAAAAAUAGAAAAACUUCAAUUAGAAAUUGAAUACAAAGACGCUGUGAUUACAGAUUUGAAUACGUGUAAAGAAGAACUCUAUGAGCUCAAAAUUCAAUUCAAUAAGAAAGAAGAAGAGAUAGAGUUAUUAAACGAUCAGUUAAAGGGCCUACGAAAAUCAUCCCAGUGUCUACAAAAUGAUGUAGAGCGUUUACAGUUUUUUGAAACAGAGUAUCACAAUCUGGUAGGACAGCAUCAGAAGUUAGAAGAAGAAAUGAAUUCAAAAAUAAAGUCAAUGGAAAUUACAGGGGCAGAAAAUGAAAAUAUUAUUACUUAUUUGAAAUCCGAAAACGAUAAGUUAAACAAAUAUUUAAAAGAAAAAUCAGAUGAAUUACAAAAUUAUACAGAAAUUGCUUUAAAGGAGAAAGAUUCUUAUCAAUUAGAAAUAAAAAGUUUACAAGAAAAGUUGCUUAGUUCUGACUCUUCAUCGGAAGAAACAAAACAGAACAUAUCCGAAUUGGAAAAUUCUUUAAAACAAAGUGAAAAAUUACUAGAAGAACAGAAAAAUGAUUUGGAACAAAGUAGAAAAGAAUUAGAAGUGUAUAAGAAUCAAACAGACGUUAAAAUUGCAGAUCUUGAAUUGAUGUUGAAAGGUAAGCAAGCAGAAUACGAAGUUAUACAGGAGCAAUUGAAAAACAUAGAUGACGAAAACUCGAAACUUGUUCAAAAAAUUAAAGACUUAGAAAACAAAAACGAAUCUUUAUGCGAAAAUCAAAAAUAUUUGAAAAGUAGAGAAGAAAAUUGCGACGAUUUAAAAAAUCAGCUUAAGGCAUACAAAGAUCAAAUUUUAGAAUUAAAUGAAAAUUCCGAACGUAAUAUUCACGCAUUAAAAGCCGAUUUACAAGCAUCAAAUGAUCAAGUACAGAAACUAGAAUCAAAAAUUAAAUUAUUGGAAACAGAUGCUGAAUCUGUGGGGAAAUUGGUUGAAGAAAUAAGUAAUUUAAAACAAAACAUUAUUGACGUAAAUAAAUGUUACGAAGAAGAAAAAUUGCGAGUUAAUAAGUUGCAAACGAUUUUACACGAAAAAGAAUUAAUGGUCGACGACUUGAAAGAAAAGUUGACUGUGUUAGAAGAGAAGAACAAGAGCUGUUCUUCGCAACUUUUGGAAUUUCAAAAGAUAGUCGAAGAUCAAGCAUCGGAAAUUGAAUCGAUAGUAUUAGAAAAGGACGAAAUUAAAAAUAAAUUUGAGAAUUAUCAGUUAAAAGUCGAAGCUGAAAUUUCAAAUCAAACUCGGGAAAUAGAAGAAUUAAAAAGCGAGAAUUUAGUUGGGAAAGAAGAAAUAAAAUCACUUAUUAAAAAACUAGAAAGCUUUGAAAAAGAAAAUGUAGACCUUAAAAACUAUAGCGAAGAAUUACAAGCUGGAAUUAAAAAACACGAUGAAAUGGCAUUAAAUUACAAGUUAGAAGCCGAUAGUUUGAAAGUCCAAUAUAAAGAAUUGCAGUCAGUAAACUCCAGUCUUAACGAAUCUGUGCAAACUUUGCUGGAUGAAAAAGAACAACAAAAUGCUUUACACGAACUGCAAAAUUUGAACAAUGCCUUGGAAUGUGAACUUCGGAAUCUCAGAGCAGAAUUUUAUAAACUGGAAGAAGAACGAAGUUAUUUGACAAACUGCGUUAACGAAAGUUCGAGGAGAAUAGAAAAUUUGGAAUUCUGUAAUCAAAAACAUGUGCAGGAAAAUUCUGCAAUCAUGAAAGAAAUAGAGGAACUGAAAUCAAAAAAUUAUUCACUAAUACAAGAAAUUGAACAGUUAAACGCGAUUAACAAAGAAUCUGAUAAAACUGCUAUUGAAUCCCUAAAACUGGAAAUGGAAAAGUACGCGACCGAAAAUGUAGAACUGAAAAGAAGAAUAGAAGAGUUACAAAAUAACGAUGAAUGUGAAAAUCUCAAAAGUCAACUUAAAGAAAGUGAAGAUAAAAUUCUCUUAAUGGAAAAAGAAAUUAAAACUCGAGAAACACAACUGGAAGAUUUACGAAUUAAACUCGAUUCCGAAAAAGAAACUAAUAAAAACUUAUCGGAGAUUCAAGAUCAGUUAAGAGAAUCAGAUAAGCAAAGAUUUGAUUUAGAAAAUAAAAUGAAAAAAUUGGAAGAGGAAAUUGAAAAUAAAGAUUUGGAGUUAGAAAGAUUGAAAAAUGAAUAUUCAAUCCUCGGAAAUCUCUUUGAAAAUUAUAAAAAAGAAAAUUUUGAGAUAAAAACAAAAGAGGUAGAGGAAGUGAAAAUUAGUAAUAUACCUCUAAUCGAGAAAGAAACUUAUCAGAGAAGCGAAGCAGAUCCAAAUCGACAGAAAUUAAUUAAAGAAAACGAAACAAUGAAAACUAAUCUCGACGUGCAGAAGAUAAAAUUGGAGAAAAUGUUUGCAAAACUUAAAGCUUUUAAAGAAAAAAAUGAUCAGUUACAAGAAGAGAUUCAAAUUUUUAAUGAGAAACUAACAUUUGUAGAAAAAGAAAAGGAAAAUUGGGAAAAAAUGGUGACCAAUAAAACAGAAAUGAUAAGUAAUUUACAACAAUGUAUAGAAGAAAAUGAAAAUCUUCAUCGACAAGAAAUUUCGACCAAAGAAAAUUUAAUCAUAGAAUUAAAAGAACGUAAUUCAGAAAUAAUGGAGAAAUGCCGCCAGUUAGAAAAAUCUCUUACGGAAAAUAAAGAAAUUACAGAAAGCAUUCAAGUUUCUUUAAAUAAAAGAAAUAAGGAAUUCGAGCAUCUGGCGAAAAGAUUAAAAGAGAUGGACGAAAAUCAGUCUUUACUGGAGGAAAAAGCUAAUAAUUACGUCAGACAGUACAAUCAAUUAAUUUAUGAAAGAGAAUGCUUGCAACACGAAUUCCUGGAUGCGAAACAACAAAUGGAAAUGUUAGUUUCCGACAACGAAAUAUUUCAAGGGAUGGUAGAAAACCUACAGAAAACAAAAACAAGUUUGGAGUCGGAAGUUCAAAGGUUAAAAGAGCAUCACAUUAGAGAAGUCAAAAUAAUGCAAAACGCCAACUCGCAAGAAAUCGUCAAGUUAAAAGAAAUGUUACAACAGAGCGAAAUGACUAUUUGUACUUUGAAGAAACAAAUGGAAGAAAUGGAAACAAAUGAAAACGACGAACGUCCGGAUCAAAGCAAAGUAGAGGAGGAGAACUCUCGAUUAAAGAAAGAAUUGAUUGAUCUCAGAAACGAAGUGAGUUCUCUGAAGGCCUUUGCAGCUUGGGAUUCGGACGGAGAAUCUACCAGAAGUACAUUGGAAGAAGAAAGAUUAAGAGAACAGAACAAAGUUCUACAGAAAGAUAAAGAAUUGUUAGAGAUUGAGUUAACGUCGCUCAAAAAUGACAGAUGUGAAUUUCACACUAAACUGAACGAUUUAAAGGAAAAAUUAACACGCAGGGAAACAGAAUAUAGUUUAAAGUGUCAAGAAACAGGUAACGUCAUCGGAAUUCUCAAUCGGCAAUUAAACGAAGCAGUUGAACAAAACAAACUCUUAUCUCGUGAGUUUGAGGAAAGACAAAAACAGUGGAAUGAUGAAGUAAGCUUAUUUCUACAGAAAGAGGAUUCUCUCCGUUACAGCAUCAAGUCCUUACAAGAGGAAUUGGAAAAGUCGAGAGCAAAUAAUAGUAAUCCGGCAAACGGUGACAUGCCAAAUGAAUGCUGUAUCAAAAAUACAGAUAAACUCAACAAGGAAUUGGAACAAGCAAUGUAUUGUUUGCAUAGACAAAGUUUAAGAAACGAAAGUCUUAGCCAGGAGAUCAAUAAGUUAAUAGAAGAACGAAAUACGCUACAGCAUCAACUUUCACAUUAUCUACGAAACGUUCGUCCAACAGAACAGAUACGUCAACAAAAUACUUUACAGAUGGAGAUGCUAGAUAAUGUGUAUUCCUCGCAGGAUACGACUUCAGAUUUGCAGAUGGAGUUAAAGAAACUGCAAGAAAGGUUGGAAAGGGCAGAAGGAGAACGAGAAGAGGCGUGUCGAGCGGGAGAAAAGCUGGAACAACAACUGGAAACGGAGAGAUCCUGGAGGAAGAGAUUGGAACGCGAUCUGGAGAUGGUGGGAGAAGAGACUGCCUUGCGCGUCUCCUUUCCUCCCGGUCGCGAGUGUCGUCUACCUAUAGAAGACGAAUCCGAAGUAGUUCCGGCUACAGAUUAUUCCAUCGUCCGGACGGUGGCGUCUCGAGCCCAUCGAUUGCGUCUGUGGAUUCGAAGAAACAGGAAUCGGUGGUAUCGGACGUUGAGGAGAACGCCGACGGUCAAAAUCCUGUUGUGCGUAUACCUGGUGGCCGUCCACUUGUGGCUACUCUCCUGCCUGUUGCCUUAAAAGAACCGGACGUGCCUUAUCUUCUUUCUUGUCAGUAGACGCCAUUGUAGCUCCCCGUGUACAUAUUUUCUGUUGCUUGCCUCUCGGAUCUAUUCUAUUUUUUUAGAACUUAGAGAUUAAAUCUUCCUUGCCAAAAGACAAAAAAAGACUUCGAGAGUGACGGCUAUCGUCUUCUGGAAAGACGAAUCCGUACUGCGACGUUCUUCCCUCCAGACGUUCUCGUUUUUUCCCUUUUUCUCCGGAGAAAUUCUCCGGACGAAAAUUUCGAAUGGUGCCGAGUGGCUCUGUCUACAUCCGGUCUUCCCGAUUGUAUAUGAACAGAAAAAAAAUAAUAAAUAAACGACCGGACACUUUAU